AUGUCAUCGAUCUCAGACUCCGAAUCAGAGACGGACACAAUAGCGUCGCGACUAAGGCCCCUGACUAUAGCUGUCCUCCUCAACUCAUACCGCUCCAAGUACAUACGCGCUAUCGAAGGGUCGUAUGUGAGGACUAUCGGCGCAGUCGCGCCAGACGCGAACCUGACAUUCUUUGAGCCUGCUAAUCGGCCCGACGACGAGCUGCCGGAUCCAGCCAAGUUCGACCUAAUUGUGUUUGGAGGUGCCAAUGUAGACCCUCGAAAGUCGCAUCCCUGGAUAUUGAGGGUGCACCAGUUCUUGUUGAAACUGGUUUUAUGUCAUCCCAAUCAGAAAAUCCUCGGCUUAUGCUGGGGCCACCAGACAAUUGCUCGAGUGUUCGGUGGUAAGAUCGUUGACAUGGACAAGCCUCAGAUCGGAGUCUAUGAUAUAAAACUCACUGACCCAGGAAUGGACUUCUUCCCCUCAUCCGCGACCGCUGGUUCUCUUUUGAUUCAACAACAUCAUAGGCGAGAGGUUGCGGAGCCAGGGCAAGGUUUCGUUGAACUGGCUCAAAACAACCAGAUCCUCGUCAACGAGAAAAGAACUAUCCUGACAUUCCAAGGGCAUCCUGAGAAGGACGCCCAAACAGCAAGGCUUCGAAUGCAUGAUUCGUCCCGGUGGUUUGGCUUUGAUCAGCAAGACGAAAAGGCUUGGGCGCAAUUGAAUGCUCAAAUUGACCUGCCUCACGAAGGACAUAUUAUAUGGCAACGGGUUCUGGAUUGGGUCAGAGAACCUCUUGUGGAAUCCGAGGUGCAGAUGGAUCGUGACAGCCGCAAAUCGAGGAUCUGA